CCCAAGCAGUACUAACCAAAAAAAAAAAAAAAAGCCUGCACAGCCAUCGUGUGCUCAGCCCACAAAGGGAAAUAGUAUUGGAGAGAAAGGACAGCAGGACAGAGGUGCAGAUAAAGAGUCUUGAGAAACUAUUGCUUUAAAACGCUGACAUACAACCACCAGACCUCCAGAGCAAAAAUGACUGGACAGAAGCUGUGGACGCAGGUGGCCGUGCUGGCGCUCCUGGUGCUGACGGUGACGGCAGCCGAAGGAGGGAAAGCAGAAAAACAAGGAAAGAAGGAACGCAAAUCUGACUGUGGGGAUUGGCAGUGGAGCGUGUGCGUCGCCAACGAGGGCGACUGCGGCCUGGGCACCAGGGAAGGAACGCGCACAGGAACCGACUGCAAGCAGACCAUCAAGACCCAGCGCUGCAAGAUCCCCUGCAACUGGAAGAAGAAGUUUGGAGGGGAAUGCAAGUACGAGUUCCAGGACUGGGGGGAGUGUGACCUGGCGACGGGGAAGAAGAACAGGACCGGGGUACUGAAGCGAGCGCUCAUGGAUGCGACCUGCGCUCCCACUGUCACGGCAACCAAGCCAUGCGGGAAAAUUCCCAAGCCCAAGCUGCAAGAUGCAAAGAAGCAAAAGAAGGAAGGGAAGAAGCGAGAGCGCACCCCAAUGGACUGAGAUUUGUUUUUAUUUCAUGCCAGCAAAGAGGAAGAAGACUGUGGGAAGACGAGCGCCGCCCCACCCCAACCUGCUUCCUGUUUAUCUGUACUGUAGGCUGACUUUAGGACACUCUGUAGUUUUGAUGAAACCAGUAAAAACAUGAAUUUUAGAGCCAUAUUGUACUUUUUUUUUUUCUUUUCUAGCACCCAGUAAGAAUCAUCUUGUAUAUUGCUGUAGUAGACAUAAUACAAUGUGCUAGGGACGGAUAAUGAGAUGAUUUGUUUACUAGUGCUUACACCUAAUUAUGUUAUCUCUCGGAUUAGUUUCUGAAGUACAAAUUGCCCACAAUUUGUUUUACUGUUCCACACCCCAACUCUAAUUUGGAAAAAAAUUAAAUCAAACUUUGGCCUGUGCUCUAAUGAGGCAGUUUGUUAAAGAAAGUCCCCAAACAUUUUCACCUAAUUAAUUUGAGUUGCAAAGAAAUAAUAAAAAAAAUCUGUUUUUCAGUGUUUAGCAAUUGCAAUUUAACAAAGUUUUUCAGUCUGUGGUAAAUUUCCAUUUAUAAUUUAGUCUAAGAGCUUCACCAUGAGCGUACAAAAUGUCCUUUUCCUCUGUUGUACCUUAAUUUACAUAUAUUAAUAACUUUCUCCUCAAUAUAUCGUGACUGUUUGAGGUUAUCACUUCCUUUGCUUCCUGGUACGUUUCCGAUACUAAAAAAAAAAAAAGUGAAUGAAAUGUAGAGAAAGAAAAUACCAAAAGCAUUUAAACUUCCUGAUAUCACCUCUGUCAAUAUAAUGCAAAUAAAAAAAAUAAACAUCUCAAAACAAG